AUGGACUCUCAAGAAUACCAAGCGGAACAAACGCGAAUGUGGCUCGCAUUGAGACGUGAGAAGGAGGAGGACGAUGCGUCGCGGGCCGAGUUGUCUUUGGAGCAGGUCAGACAACUCCUCUCUAUGGCAGGUACUGAACGUUCGAAUUCUUGGGCCGAAGAUACCAUCAGAACCGCUUUGUCGAUGAACACUCACAAUGAUGACUCGUGGAUUUCGCCACUCACGGAGGAAUUGACCAAGUGGUACUCCAUUCACGACAUGGACGCCGGGACGAUUGUGGAUUUAGCAUCCGCCAAUGCCAAAUUCCUUUCUCUCGGGCUACUUCUGGACAUGGAUGGCGAGGCUGGGUUGAGUAGACCUCCGAGUACCACCUUGGCAUGCUGGCUAGCGGAAGAAUUACAGGAAAACGAGGCUAGGAAUCAUAGACCUCCCAGUACUACCGCAGAACUCUCGCUAGCUGAAGAGCGGCGCCUAAAGCGUGGGUCGCGUGAAGAGCGCCGGGAGUGCGCCAUCCGAGAAUCCCUGGCCUCAUCACUAUUACGCGCACUGGAGGUCAAAGAGGGUCAGCAGUACGGUACCACCUGGGGCAUCGAGGAGAGACUUGAGUCUCGAAAGCGAUUUGUCUGCAGUCUGACGACUGCGUGUGGUAGCCUGCGGACCGAUGCGAACGAUGAGACCACAGAUGAAAACGGCCUGCCGGCGGGGUUCCUUGACCUUGCCACCGAGAUGUCGAUAGUCUUCGAAAAGGCCGGUGUACGUUGUGAUCAGAUUUUCACUGACGAAUGGGACGCCAAGACGAUCGCUCGAAUAAUGAAGAUGAAUCUGAAAGGAGAGUGGAGUGUAGAUGAUUCUGAAGAUUCAGACGGGACCUCCUUACCAUCUGCAGCCGAGGAAAUCCUCGGCGAGAUUGCAGAGCAUUAG